AUGGACAUGGAGGAACACAUGAAGGCGGAAACUGGCCGACUCACACCAGGAGAGGACUUUAAGCACCGGGUUAAACGCGGAGACCGAGACCUCGAUCUCAGCAUCACCACGGUUGUAUUUAACGACAACGGAUGUGUUGUGAAGCCCCAUGUUGCAACCAUUAAGGAGAUGGCAAAGUCCCACACAGACUCACGCUACCUGGAGCACCUCCACAAAAUCAGCCAGGACGGAGACAAUGAUGAUCCCCAGUCCGGAGACUUUGGCCUGGGUUAUGACUGUCCAGUGGUGGAGAGUAUCUAUGACUAUGCUGCAGCGGUGGGUGGUGCCACCCUGACAGCCCCCCAGUGCCUGCUGGAUAAGAGCGGUGAGGUGGCCAUCGACUGGUCAGGAGGCUGGCACCACGCCAAGAAGUAA